AUGAUUCAUGAGAAGACACCCGCAUCCACCUUAAAGCGGGGUAGUCAGACGGUGGAGCGAAAGCCACGAAGAAGUGCUUCCUUCACCGCCUGCUUUCCCAUCAGAAAAAGCAUUCGCCAAUGGGAACGAGAGGAUCUACUGGAACGCAUUCAGCGAAAUUCUAACCGUCGAUGUUUUACUCUUCCUCCCAUUUUUUCACGCAACUACAACGUAAUCAACCCGGAUGACAUUCCCCCUCCUCCCACUUCCAUCGCCACGGUGCGCGAAACCGACCAACCCCUUCACACGCGAAAUUUCCCCCUUUGGAUGCACCUUGGUCAACGUGGGCCGCGAAAACAGACCGAACCUAAACAAGGUUUCCUACGUGCAGCCCGAUCUGGAAACAUUGGGAAGAUAGCCGAGUAUCUCAAUUCAAAUGUUGAUAUCAACGCCGUCAGUUCGGCCUACAGCCAAUGUCGACGCGCUGCCUCGCCCAAACCGGCCAUCGCUGCCGACGUGCGCGAGAGGCGGAGGCGACUAUGUGAGAAGGAGCAGCAGCUUACCACGGUAGAGGGGGAAAUUUGCACAAUGAGGCAGAUGCUACUGAAUGGACUGAAUGCACUUCACCUGGCCUCAAAGGAGGGUCACUUGCCAGUCGUUCGACUACUGCUGGACCACCAUGCCACAAUCGAUGCCAAGACAAAUCGUGGGAACACCGCCCUCCACAUCGCCAGUCUUGCUGGACGAAGCGAAAUCGUUAGACUUUUGGUCGAACGAGGUGCCGAUGUCAAUGCCAAAUCUCAGAAUGGAUUCACACCACUGUAUAUGGCCGCUCAAGAAAACCACACAGAAAUUGUUGAAUAUCUCCUGAACAAGGGGGCUGAUCAGGCCUUGGCGACUGAUGAUGGUUUCACCCCACUAGCGGUGGCACUGCAGCUCUGCCACGAUGCAGUGGUUUCGCUAUUGCUGGAGCGUGACUCGGGUGGAAAGGGUCGCCUUCCAGCUCUGCACGUCGCCGCGAAGAAAGAUGACGUCCACGCUGUCUCUCUUCUACUCGCCAACAACGACGUUAAUGUCAAUCACGCUUCUGCACGUGGUUUUACACCUUUACACAUCGCAGCUCGAUACGGCAAUUUAAAGGUCGCCCGCCUUUUGAUAAACAACGGAGCUGAAGUCAAUUGCUGCGCCAAAGACAGCAUAACGCCUCUUCACCUUUCGGCUAAAUGGGGCAAGGUGGAGAUGACGCAGCUGCUGAUCGACAAGGGCGCUCAGUUAGACGCGAGGACGCGGGACGGUCUCACGCCCAUGCACACGGCGGCUCGCUCCGGCCACACCAACGUAGUACAGGUCCUCCUCAACGCCGGCGCCAGUAUCACCGCCAAAACAAGGAAUGGUCUUUCGCCACUUCAUAUGGCUGCUCAAAGCGAUCACGCAGAUACAGCCAAACUACUGUUAAAAAAAGGAUCACCACCGGAUGAUGUAACUAUGGACUAUCUAACGCCCCUUCACAUCGCUGCUCACUGUGGCAACAUGAAGGUCGCGCAAGUACUUCUGGAUCAUCGUUGUGACCCCAACCUUCGUGCAUUUGUAAGUCCGCCGUCUAUUCUAGCUUCCUUCGACACGAAUGGUUUUACUCCUCUCCACAUUGCCUGUAAAAAGAUGACGGUGAAGAUUGUAGAACUACUUCUCAAAAAAGGCGCCAUCGUCGAUGCAACCACUCAGGCUGGUCUGACCCCUUUGCAUGCGGCGGCUUUUGUUGGAUGUUCGGAUGCCGCGGCCCCGCUUCUGCAACGCGGCGCCAAUGUGAAUCAGGUGACAAUGCGCGGUGAAACGCCCCUUCACUUCGCGGUUCGCGGACGCCAUGUCGAUACCAUCAAAUUGCUACUCAAACACUCAGCCUCUGUAAAUGCUAAAGCCAAAGAAAAGGCGACACCCCUGCACAUAGCUCUUCGGCUGAUGGACUCAGAAAUCGUGAAGCUGUUGAUCGAGGCCGGAGCAGAUGUGCAGUUGGAGUCUCGUGGAAAGCACCGGCCCAUCCAUCUAGCCGCAAAGGUCGGCGAUAUAGAGAUAAUCCGCCUCCUCCUGGAAAAGGGCGCUCAGGUGAAUGCAGGCACUAAGCGUGGCUACACAGCUCUCCACAUCGCCACCAAGUAUGGAAAGAUCGAUGCAGUGCGAUACCUUGUAGAUGAAGCCAAAGCCGACGCUAAUGCGGCAGCGAGGAAUGGACUCACACCUCUGCAUGUCAGCAUUUAUUACCAGUACCCACAGGUGGUAGAAUUUUUACUAUCUCGCGGUGCGGACGUGACAGCCAAAUGCAAAAACGGAUUCACACCACUUCACCUAGCUGCCAAAGCGAACACCCCGGAAAUCGCCACUCUUCUGAUCAAAGCCAAUGCCCCAAUCGACUGCGUGUCCCAGAAUGGCUACUCACCCUUACACCUUGCCUCUAUGGAAGGCAAUUUCACAGUUGUUCGAACCCUGGUGGACGAUUACUCCGCUCAAGUCAACUGUUCUGCCAACGACGGUUUGACGCCACUGCACUUGGCGACGCAGGUAGGCCGUGUGGACGUCGCGGAAUUCCUGUUGGCUCACGGAGCUAGUCAGAACAUACAGACAAGAAACGGCUACAUGGCUCUACACGAGGCUGCCUACAGGGGAAGUGCACCUCUGGUUAGGCUGCUGCUGGCCCACCCGGGCAAGGAGGGCGCGAUCAACAGCCGCACGAUUAUGGGCUGCACCCCUCUGCAUCUAGCUGCUCAGCAAGGCCAUUCACAAAUCGUUGAUUUACUCUUGAAUGCGGGCGCCGAUCUGAAGAGUCGAACUAUGCAAGGCUGGACGGCAGCGCAAGUGGCAAAGCGGCAACACUACCCAAGCAUCUUUGAAAGCCUUUCGCGGGUGACCACCACGGUAUCGGACUGGGACACGCCCAGCCUCGAAGGCGCCAGUGCCGAUGGCCUCUCGCAGGGCGACCCAGCCCUCGUCGACGGUUCAAUGAUACUCGACUCGCCUACCCAGAUGCUUGAUCGUGUUGCAUUGGUCGAGAGCGAGGACGAAAGUGAGUGCUCUUUCUCCGCCUUCACAUUCCCAUCCUCAGUGUCUGUGUUGUCUGUUGCCCCCAAUUUCGUUAAUGCUAGUACUCUGACUGACAGACCACGUCUGUGGUUCGAUCUCUGUACAAAUUCCAUUGUUGUCAUGCAUGCAGGUGACCAACUUGUCUCCACUCCUGUCAUCAUGCGUCAUCAUCCUCGAGGCCAAAGGAAAGCGUCUGCUGGUGAACUCUCUCUCUUCAAAUCACCCUCAUACAAUCUGCUGUGCAAGCAAAUGGAGUAUACACGUGCGCACAAAGGUGAACCAAAAAUUCGGAUUAGUGCACUUGAUAGUACAAUGGAGGAACAGACUCGUGUCUCCGAGCUAAUGCGUAAUAUCUCUAAUCGGUUUCAGGGCACAUCAACGUUGUCUGUGCAGAAGUCGGACAUCGAGAUGUCGGGCGCGACACCUCUUGGGUCCAGUGAAUGGGAAGCCUUCGAGGCCGAACCGAUUCAGGCUGUUUGCAAACCAGUGAAAGCUGGAUUCCUUGUUUCUUUCCUUGUGGAUGCGCGUGGAGGAUUUGUUGAGGCCCAGCGUCGUCCAAACCUUCGAUUUCUUAUUCCACCCCACGCUAUUUCAAGUCCCACGCGAAUCAUUUGUCGACUACUGCGACCAGAUCGCGUCUCUCGCCUUCCUCAUCUGAACGACGGGGAUGCAAUAAUCGAAAUGUCGCCAAGCAGCGUACGUCUCGACGGGCCCAUCCUUCUCGAAGUCCCGUAUUUCGCUUCCAUCCAAGGCCGUGAUCGAGAGGUCAUUACACUGAGAUGCGAUCAUGGGGAUUCGUGGAAGGCCCAUCCUCUUGAAGCCACCGAUCAGUCGGUACAAGACGCCCUAGGAACUGCAUUUGGUCAAAUUGAGCUGUUAAAAUCAAUACGCGAGCGCCGGAUCCAGCGCAUCCUGACGGUGGAUGUACCACGUUUCUUCGCGCUUAUCUCGCGCUUCCGUCAAGAGAUCGCGCUGAUCGGCCCCGACGGAGGCGUGCUCGCCUCCACAGUCUCCCCUAAAGUGCAAGCCGUCUUCCCUAAGGGCGCUCUGCAAAAGCGCAUCAAAGUCGGUCUCCAGGUAGGUACCACUAUCACCUUUGUACUCACAAUUCUCAGCACCUACUUGGAGGCCCAAGUGAUUCAGCCCUACGUAGUGAAUAAGAUGGUGGGCAACCGGGCCGCCUUCUCGCCGGUGGUCACACUGGAACCACGACGACGCAAGUUCCACAAGCCAAUAACCGUGACAAUCCCGUUGCCACGGCAGUCACUCAAGGGAGUACACAAAUCAGAUCCGCUGCCACCAAGCCUUCACCUGCUCUGUUCCAUCACCGCUGGCUGCGCACCGGCCACUUGGGAGGACAUCACGGGCUCCACCACGAUGACUCGUCACAAGGACUGCAUCUCUUUUACCACCACUGUCUCUGCCAGACUGUGGCUCGUAGACGCACAAGGAAUUGAGGAUGUGGCAGAGAUGGCUAGUCGGGUCUACCAAGAGAGCAUAAUCCCACCCUAUAUUGGAAGAUUUGCCGUCUACGCCCGGCUCCCUGAAGAUCGUCAGGAGAUUGAGGCAAAUGAGGCAGCCGCUUCAAUUUCAACAUCGGCGGCUGAUGCCAUCUCGGCAGCCACUUCAGUGGCUUCCCGCUUCCGACGCAAGGUCUUCCAUCCCGCUGAUGCAGAGCUACGCUGCAUUUGCCUUAUCGACGAUGCGCCUGAGAAAACUUUGGAGCAGCAUGAGAAGUUCCAGCUCGUCGCUGUAUCGGAAUCAAAAACUUAUUGGCUGGAGACAGUAGGCGAUAUUUCCUCAUACCCAGCACAUACCGGUCAGCUAACUUUGGACGUGCAAGCCUUCCAAGAGAACCGUCUGACCUACCCGGUUAGGGUCCGUCAGCCUGUGGGUACCAAGACACCUCCAACGGGCCACCUUCGGGUCUACCGUGAGCCACAGGAGGCUUACGGUGCCAGGGUCGCCACCGAUGAAGAAGAGCCCAUCACUGUCCUCGAAAUCCACAUGCCUGGCGAUGCCGUCGAAGGCCGAUGGCUUGACGCUUCGACGUCGGAAGAGGUGUCAACGAAGGCAAUGAGACCUGAAUUAAACAUAAGGGAAAUCGCACUGCGUACGAAUGCGCGAUGGCCGCAAUUGGCAAAGGAGUUGGGUCUCUCUCCCGAGGACAUCAAAAUGGUGGAGAGGGAAUUGCUGGCAGGCGAACAGAUCGGUCAGGGGGCGGACAGUGAGCGCUGUCAGCACAUGCUCGCGCUCUGGAUGCAACGCUCUGCCGCUAUGGGUACUCUUUCGCCAGAAGAUUUGGCUUCUCGUAUGAGGGAGGCGCUGCAGAAAUUGGGUGUCCACUUAGAUGAUAGGACAGCGGAACUGGACGUCCAACCGGUUACCUCGCGUGUGCAUCACAUCGACGAGGAGAUGACCUCGUCCAAGACUCCCUCCUUGGUGCACUCCAUUCAAAUGGUCAGCGCUAUCACUCCUCAGCACACGCCGCCACCACUGCCACUGAUUGCAGCAGACCACGUUAUCACUGCCCCCAUUGCCGCUGAAGCAGCUGUACCCCAUCCUGGAUCAGAAUCCCCAACUGUACCUACAAUGGACCAGACGCCACCGCCAACUGCUGUUGAUGGAACUCCUCGCACGGUACCAAGUGAGGAGGUACCCUACAUUCUGACCUCCUCGAUCAAGAGCGCCAGUCUCGAGCGGCCGUUAUCAAUGGUGGCAUCAUUCCCUUCAUCUAAGGAUGGUCUUGGAUUGCCGACCGAUGAAAUAAAGCCGGUUUCGGAUGAAUUCAUCGUGGCUUCGGAGAGUCUGACGCGAAAGAAUCUCUUGCCACCUGAGGAAAUAAUCGUCCACGCAGAUUCUGUGGCUCGACAAAUCGCCGCUGAGGAACUUGUCGAGGCUCUGGGCCUCGACUCUGAUGUCCACAUGAUCUCCGUUAUCUCACAGUCUGCCGAUCACGAGGAUCUCUUGGUUACGGAGGCUAAGAUUGAGCCUGUGAAAAGCAAACCGAAACAAGAGAUCAGUCCACUAAUGUCGCGAGCAGCAGCUGAGGCUGGCCGGGCUGAAACGCCCGUUGUAGGACCAACUGACACCCUGCACAUAGAAGCCGAUGAUGAAUUGCGGGUGCCGUCGAUGGAACAACUGGACAAUGCUGAUGAGGACUUUGAGGCAGCAUACAGGGCAGCUGCUGCCGAGGGAACGCCGUCUCCAACAGGCCUAGCCGGUCACGAUGUCCACCAGGGUCGUCCAGAAGAGGGCUUCCUCAUAGAGGAGAUGGAGGAAGUACUGCCGGAUGGAACAGUUGUUAAACAACGAGUCCAGACUGCCGAGACCAUCCAGGCCCUGUCGGCACACGACUGGGAGGAGGCUGUCUUCAACGCAGCUGCUGCUGGUGGCAACGACCAAUAUAUCAUCGAGCCGCCGGAAGAAGUCGUCAAAGUGGAAGAAGUUGAAGAAACUUUAGCGGACGGAAUAGUGGUGAAAAAACGAAUCACUACGCAGCACAUAACUGAACGAAUCACAGAGCGCGAGGUUACUGACGAGGUUUCGGAGAACGAACUUCUCCCCAAUGAGGCAGAUGGAGGAGUUGUGGAGUGGCAGAUGGCCAAGACCUGA